AUGAUAUUGUAUAGGUACUAUCCGGCCCCUCCUCCUGACCCAAUUAGGAAAGCAACUCACCAUAUAAAUUCUCUCUCCCUCUCCCCAAGAAUCCCCAUCCCCAAAAGAAAACCACACCCACCCAAGCCAGUCCAAUCCAAUCCAAAAACCCAAUCCAAAAUGCGCAUCAUCUCCAUCGGCCUCCUCCUCCUCGCCAGCGCUUUCACAGCGCAGGCCUGCACAUACUGCCAAUGUGAAUUCGAAGACGGCUCGCACUGCUGCGUCUACUCUGACGCAACACAGGGAAACCUUGACUGUCCCUCUGUGUGCAAGAAUGCCCAUCGAGCGGACGGAAAGACUAGUGAUGAUGGUAUGCCCGGGACUGCUUGCAAUGCCGGUGGAAAGUACAAGUGUGCUUCGGCUUUUACGGCGUUGGAUCGUUUUGAUGGGGUAGCAAUGGACUUUCUCCAUAUAUGUGGAACGAAACACCUAGAGAUUUUGGUGCUGUGCCUUAAUUUAUAUGAAGGGAACAGCAUGUUAAAGUUUCAGAAUCGGCGAUUCAACGAUAUGGUAAUGCCUAUUGAGUAG